AUGGGCGGGGAUCAUACGCUCGAGCGUACCGCUCUGCUCAAGAUCCUCCUUCACGCGAUCAAGUACCCCGCAUUCGGUGUCAACGGGGUUUUGCUGGGCAGCAUAGCCAAUGGCACCGUCACAGCCACGGAUGCUGUGCCCUUUGUACACAACUUCACAACACUUCUUCCGGCCUUUGAGACGGCACUGUGCCAGGUCCGAGCCACGCUGGGCAUCAUUGAGCUGGCCACUUGUUUCUCGAGAGAAGCAGGGCUGAAGUACGGGAUACCUGUGGUGGGCUACUACCAGGCCAACGAGCACAACAAGGACACACAGCUUUCCGGUGCCGGCAAGCUGCUCGCCACAAAAGUCGCGACGCUGUGGCCCUCCGCCAUCGCCGUUGUGCUGGACCCUGAGGGCCUGAGGCAGCUGUUGCAAUCCAGUGGAGGCGAGUCACCCAGCGACGCACGGCCCUUGUUCACCCUCCACAUCAAGGAUGGCCGGAAUUGGGUGGAGUAUGGAGGCAGGCUGAAGGUACACACAGCUGGGAUUCCAUCAGCCCUGGAGCAGCUGAGUGCGGAGGGAAAGCACAGACAGCUCGCAGAUUUUGAGGAUCACAUGGAGGAUGUCAGCCUGGACUGGCUCAAUGCCGGGCUGAUCAAGGCGUCAUGA